CAACCAGAGCGCCGCGAACCACAGGGCGCCCAUAGAAAAUCCGGUCGAGACGCGCCAGCCGUUUACCCCACUGGCCACACCGCGUCCCCGAGGAGAAAGCAAGCCGAAGCCGACCACUCCCCAUCCGGCCCUCCGCCACCACCCACCACCACCACCACCCGAAGCCACCCCACGCGGCCUGGCUCGGCUCGUCGUCGUCGUCGCACCGCGCCUGGGUGCCUGGCUAUAAACACCCGCCCCCUCCCCACCGCGGCACGGCACGGCACGGCACCCCAGAACUGCACGGGAUAUUCCCCCUGUUCGCUCGCUCGCUCGGCACGUCCAAAGCGAAGCGGAGCCAAGCGAGGAAAAGGUAGUAGAAAGGAGAACCGAGGAUGAGCACCAUGGCCAUGGCGUCGUCGUCGCUGAACCCGAACGCGCCGCUCUUCAUCCCGGCGGCGUACCGCCAGGUGGAGGACUUCUCGCCCGAGUGGUGGGAGCUCGUCAAGACCACCGCCUGGUUCCGGGACCACUGGUUCCGACAGCACCAGCUCCACGAGGCAGCCUACGACGCCGCCCUCCUCUCGCUCCCCGACGACGCCGACGUCGACGUCGCCGCGCUCCUCCCCGACGACUCCGUCGACCUGCUCGACAUGGUCGGCACCGACGACCUCUUCUACGCCCCCGACCACCACCACCAGGCAGCCAAGCCCGCCGCGUACGACCUCGACGUGCUCAGAGCGGUCAGCCUCGGAUCCCCGAGGGCCGUCGUCGGUGCGCCCUCGCCGCGCGCCCAGCAGCAGAGGCACGCGGACAAGCCCGCGCAGCACGUCGGCGUCAGGGGCGCCGCGCGCCGCGUCAUCCACCAGCCUCGCUAGAGACCUUUCUUCGUCUCAUGGCGACGACCGACGAUGGCUGCUGCCGCUGCUGUCCAGUGUAACUUCAAGCUUAGUAGUCUGUUUCUGUGUAUACAACUAAAAAGAGAGAGGAGAGAAUCAACCAAGGCGUCUGCUGGUGAUCUCCUCUCCUUGUAGUUUCUCGUGUUCAGUUCAGGUCAGGUCGAUCGAGCUGUCUUAGAAAAGAGAAAAAAACAACCAAAAAAAAGGAGUGAUGUAGAAUCAUACUCCUCCUCCUCCUCCUUGUUCAUGUUGUUGGAUAUAAGAUGGCAAGCAGUCUAAUGUUAGAACUCUUCACCAGGCGCCUCUCCCUUCA